GAGCCAUGAGCCGGGCGAGCUUGAGGGCCUUCAGGACACAGCUCAUGUCCGGCAGGAGUUCCUGAGCUCCCUGGAAGGCUUUGUGAAUGUCCUGUCGGGUGCCCAGGAGAGUUUGAAGGAGAAGGUGAACCUUCGAAAAUGUGACAUACUUGAACUGAAAACCCUAAAGGAACCUAUGGACUACCUUGACUCUAGCAAAUAACCCUGAGACUUUGGAGAAAAUAGAGGAUUGUAUGAAAGUGUGGAUCAAACAGACAGAACAGGUUCUCGCUGAAAACAAUCAGUUGCGGAAGGAAGCGGAUGACGUUGGGCCACGAGCAGAGCUGGGGCACUGGAAGAAAAGACUAUCCAAGUUUAACUACCUCUUGGAACAACUGAAAAGCCCCGAUGUGAAGGCCAUGCUGGCAGUGCUUGCAGCGGCCAAGUCAAAACUGCUCAAGCUGUCCAUGAUGGAUGCUAUUCCUACACUUAUAAAUGCAAUUAAAAUGAUCUAUAGUAUCUCUCAUUAUUAUAACACCUCUGAGAAGAUCACAUCUCUGUUUGUAAAGGUGACAAAUCAGAUUAUAUCUGCAUGUAAAGCCUAUAUUACCAAUCAUGGAACCACUUCCAUCUGGAACCAGCCACAGGAUGUUGUUGUAGAAAAACUACUAUCUGCGAUUAAACUGAAACAGGAAUACCAGCACUGCUUUCACAAGACAAAACAGAAGCUUAAACAAGAUCCAAAUGCAAAGCAGUUUGAUUUUAGUGAGAUGUAUAUUUUGGGAAAAUUUGAAACUUUUCACCAACGCCUUGCCAAGAUAAUAGACAUCUUUACAAUCCUCAGGACGUAUUCAGUCCUGCAAGAUUCUACAAUUGAAGGGCUAGAAGACAUAGUCACUAAAUACCAGGACAUUGUGGCAACCAUAAAGAAAAAGGAAUAUAAUUUCUUAGACCAGCGGAAAAUGGAUUUUGACCAAGAUUAUGAAGAGUUUUGCAAGCAGACUAGUGACCUUCAUGUAGGUUGUAUAAUAAAAUUCCUGUUGACAGUCAUGUGUUUAUUUUUUCCUUUCUGUAUAAUGCUGUUAAUCAUUACCCAUUCAGAAGGCAGAGGUGCCUUCAUCAUGGAGGUGACCGAUAGCAACCUCAGCCUGUGUUUUGUGAUUUCAGAUUAAUAAUUGAAGGCUGUUUUUCAUGGAUUAAAGGGUCAUAAAUAUAGCUUUGGCUA